AUGGCUGCAAUUCCUGGCUCGACUGGGGUUUCGUCAAUGGACCCCUUUAGCAAGCUCCAUUCCGACACCGGUUCUUUGUUGCACGAAGCAGAGUCAAAGACUGAAUUUCAACAAGAACAAGAUGAGGCCAAGCAACGACGAAUGGCACAGGUGAUUGGUGAUCAGCAGUUAGCGCCUAUGACAGUCAACGAGCUUCGAAUCCAUGGUGCGGUCAACACACGAACAAAUUUCCUCGAUCCUAUUUUCCAGCCUCUUGUUAGCGAUAAAUUGAAUGCGAGUGCGACCGUUGGAGGUGUGAUAGAUGGUCUUCGUAUUGCAAGCAACAAACUUGAUGCGCUGCAAAUAUUUCAACCUCAACCGGAAGUCUUCCUUACAUCUGCGCAGCAAACAGACCCUUCCACCUCGCCUACCGAUGUAAACGUCGAUAUUCGAGUUAAAGAGCUCUCUCGGUUCAAGUUGCAAACUGGUACAGAUGUCGGCAAUGGCGAGGGAUCUGCCUAUGGUUCGCUGCUAUGGCGAAACAUGUUUGGCGGUGCUGAGAUGCUGACGCUCAAUGCGAAGGCUGGCACACGCACACGCUCGGCUUAUAGCGCCAAUAUCACGGCGCCUGUUGCUAGCAACCCUGAUAUGAGGGUAGCGCUUGAAGGUGUGGCUUCGGCUGCUGAGAAGCCAUGGGCAUCGCAUGAGGAGGUUCUCAAAGGCGGUACACUACGAUUCUCAUGGCUUAACAAGCAGCGUGACACACAGGCCGUUGAAUAUUCCGGCGUCUGGAGACAGAUCACUGGCUUGGCUGAAAAUGCCAGUCCUACUGUCCGUGCUGAUGCUGGCGACUCUAUGAAGAGUUCGAUCAAGCACACAUUUUACCGUGAGAGGCGUGACAACCCCCAACUUCCUCAAAACGGAUACAUGCUUCGAUCUGGACUUGAGAUUGCUGGUCUUGGGCCCCUUGCUGGCGAUGUUGCCUUCUCUAAGGGUGAGCUCGAGGUUGGCGGUGCCACUGAGAUCCCCCUCCCUGGCAUCCGUGGGCGAACAGGCAUCUCAAUCGGUGGCGGAUUGAGGCUAGGUCUGCUCUGCCCCGUUCCUCUUGGGUAUGAGUUUGGCGGAAAGCUUCGCCCGACUCGUAUCAACGAUCGUUUCCAACUUGGUGGGCCUACGGACGUGCGAGGCUUCAAGCUUGGUGGUCUUGGCCCUCAUGAUGGUCUCGAUUCCGUUGGAGGCGAUGUCUUUGCUGCCGGCAGUGUCAACAUGCUUCUGCCCGUACCUUACAAGGGACCCGAUUCCGGUCUACGAUUCCAACUCUUUGCCAACGGUGGUCGUCUCGUCGCCCUCAAGGAUAAAAACAAGUCCGCUGGCGGUGCUUCCACGCAGGAGCUGUCCGGAUCGGCUGUCCGAAAUGGUGUGGUGAACGCAGUCGGCGAGCUCUUCAACGGUGUACCGAGCGUUGCCGCUGGUGUAGGACUUGUGUAUGCGCAUCCUGUUGCGCGAUUCGAGCUGAACUUUAGUCUGCCUUUGGCUUUGAGAAAGGGAGAGGCCGCGACUAAGGGGCUCCAGGUCGGCGUGGGAAUCAACUUUUUGUAA